CCAGACGUCAUUCGCUUUUAAUGGCCUCCAGGAAAUUUGCCAUUACUAUUCUCGCAGACAUUAGAGCGCGGAGAGGAGUUGCCUGAGCGCCGCGUCCAGAUUUCGGCGUCGUAAAAAACAACACGCGUCUUUUUAUCGCCACUUUAUCAACAAGUUCUCCGCCGUAGCGCGCGCGCGGAGAGACACACACUCACUCCGACUCGUUCAGGGGAAGGAAAAUGUGUUGCCUUUGUGAAAGAGCCUGGGGGAAUAUUACAUCAGACGAAAUGACAAUGAUUAAAAUCAGCCUUUCUGCCUCUCCAAAGUCUCAGGAACGGCGCGGUGACACUUGCCUGAUGCGUAAACCGUUAUGCGCCCAACUUUAGAGCUAUUUUUUUCCAGCUGAAACAAUCAAGGAGGGGGGAAAUAUCAGGUUUGCAUCUGUUCCAAUGAGUGUGCUCGGGUUUAAGUUAAUUGUCCUCUAAUCCUGUGUGGCCCCAGAGGCGUUUGCGCAGCCCGGAGCCAGAAUUCUUCUUUCGGCUCUGCUCUGAUUCAGAGACGGAUUAUUGGCUUCCUUCUGCCCAUAAGCAAAGCAGCAGAUUCGCCGUGGCCAAAAAAGCCUGAUACACACACACAAGCUUGUGUUGAGAAAUAAGAAGAUCAAGAGGGGGAAGGAGAGCUUGGUCUCCUGGAGAAGGAAGGGAGAAGCAUGUCGCGCCUGUCUCUGACCCGGUCUCCGGUCUCUCCUCUGGCCGCGCAGGGGAUUCCUCUGCCGGCGCAGCUCACCAAAGCCAACGCGCCCGUGCACAUCGAUGUGGGCGGACACAUGUACACCAGCAGCCUGGCCACGCUCACCAAAUACCCAGACUCACGGAUCAGCAGGCUGUUUAACGGGACGGAGCCCAUCGUUCUGGACAGUUUAAAGCAGCAUUAUUUCAUCGACAGAGACGGAGAAAUCUUCCGCUAUAUUCUGAGUUUCCUGCGAACCUGCAAACUGCUGCUGCCCGACGACUUUAAGGACUUCAAUCUGCUGUACGAGGAGGCGCGCUAUUACCAGCUGAGUCCGAUGAUCAAGGAGCUGGAGCGCUGGAAGCAGGAGCGUGAGCAGCGGCGUCUGGCUCAGCCCUGCGACUGCCUGGUGGUGCGGGUGACCCCCGAUCUGGGCGAACGCAUCGCUCUGAGUGGAGAGAAGGUGCUCAUCGAGGAGAUCUUCCCCGAGACCGGAGACGUCAUGUGCAACUCGGUCAACGCUGGCUGGAACCAGGACCCCACACACGUCAUCCGCUUCCCACUGAACGGAUACUGCAGACUCAACUCCGUGCAGGUGCUGGAGCGUCUCUUCCAGAAGGGUUUCAGCGUGGCGGCGUCAUGCGGUGGUGGCGUGGACUCGUCUCAGUUCAGUGAAUAUGUUCUGUGUCGUGAAGAUCGGCGGAGUCACAACACAAACACACCCAUCAGGAUAAAGCAGGAGCCGCUGGACUAGACCUCGGCUACACAUACACACACACAGACUCAAACGGGGAAUGUACUCUGAAAAAAGAAAAUAAAACAGCCCAAAGAACUUCCGGCUCCGCCCACUCCACCAAUCAGAGGAUGCCUUCACGCAUACAGAAUAAGGCCACGCCCCCUAGGUGCAGUGUGUGUUUUUUUUCUCUUCUCAUUUCAACCUUGUUGUUUCUAAAGUUGGACUUUUUCACGUCUAGAGCCGUGAUGUCUGAGUGCAGCACAACUUUGUGUUUUUCUUUUAUUACAUGAAGAAUGAAGGAGAAACUUUGAGAAACUCUGGAGCUGCCAGGACAAAACCGUCAGAAGAAAAUAAACGGCUCAUUAAUGUGUGUUUGUGCACAGAGACGGACCAUAAUCAGGCAGAUCUGCAAACAUUUCACAUCCCCAGAGCUCUGAUCAAAAGCGGGUUUUAUCUUAUUUUCAAGUACAAACAUCUGAACAUUCCUUUAAAAUGACUUGAGAUAUAUAUAUAUAUAUACACACAGCUGAAGUCAGAAUUAUUAGUCCCCUUCGAAUUUUUCCUUUUUAAAUAUUUCCCUAAUGAUGUUUAACAGAGCAAGAAAAUUUUCACAGUAUGUCUGAUAAUGUUUUUUCUUCUGGAGAAAGUCUUAUUUGUUUUAUUUCGGCUAGAAUAAAAGCAGUUUUUAAUUUUUUAAAAGCCAUUUUAAGGUCAAAAUUAUUAGCCCCUUUAAGCUAUAUUUGUUUUCAAUAGUCUACAGAACAAACCAUCAUUAUACAAUAACUUGCCUAAUUACCCUAACCUGCCUAGUUAACCUAAUUAACCUAGUUAAGCCUUUAAAUGUCACUUUAAGCUGUAUAGAAGUGUCUUGAAGAAUAUCUAGUCUAAUAUAUUUACUGUCAUCAUGGCAAAGAGAAAAUAAAUCAGUUAUUAGAGAUGAGUUAUUAAAACUAUUAUGAUUAGACAUGUGCUGAAAAAAUCUCUCUGUUAAACAGAAAUUGGGGGAAAAAAAUAAACAGGGGGGCUAAUAACUCUGACUUCAACUGUAUAUAUUGAAGACAAAAUUAUUGAAAUGUUUCCCAAGUGCUGUUUAGCGCUGAAAUGAUUUUAUUCAAUACAUUUCUAAUCAUAAUAGCUGGCAGAGUAAGUAAAAAUCUGAUUGGGCCAGUAGAAAAGAUCCUUAGCGUUGAACCCUGUACUGUGCAAAAUGUCCUUGCUCUGUUAAACAGCACUUGGAAAAUAUUUUACAAAUAUUAAAAGUGUCUUCUUUUUAAAGCAUAAAGUCAACUUUGAUUUCUUUUUCAUCCAGAAAGCGAGGCUUCAUGUCAGAUUUCAGAAUGAUUCAAUAUUUGUGCUGGAACAAAACAAAUUUUUGGGCUGUAUAGAGAAAGUCUGAUGUUUAACGAACAAACUGUUUAGAGCAGCGACUGGAGAGAUCUUUAGUGUUGAUAAUUAUAUUGAUUUGCACUUACAGUGUGUGUGUGAAUCCGGUGUGUGUUUAAUAGAGUCAGGAUGAGACUGACAGAAUGAGGAGACGCACCAACUUUGAGGAUGAAUAAUGGAUAUUCAUUAGCCCACUUUAUCUGUGCGUGCGUGCGUGCGCAUGCAUCAGCUUUUCCUCAUCUGUUCAGACAUACAGAAAAUCUUCAGCAGCACUUUUACAAAAUCUCUCUCAUACACACACACACACACACAAGAGUCUUGACAGCUCAAAUAUCCACAUUUACAGGAGAGAACAACACACACUCAUGUCCAGUUCAGCUCUGAGCAAAACCCGUUCACAAGUUGAUCAUUAGCACAGGAUGAACAAAAAACAUUGCAUUUUAAGCUCACAAUUCUGACUUUUCCCACUCAAAGUUGAUUUCUUUUUUAUUUUAUUUAUAAUUUAUAGAAAUGUUUGUCUCAGAACUGCGAGUUUAACACAGACUUUGAGGUUUUUAAACAAAAAAAGUCAUUUUUAUCUCACAAUUCUGACUUUUUUCUGCUUUAAAAUGUGGAAAUGAUUAGAUCGUUGUUUUGAUAAUCAUGUUAUAUACGCUCUUAUAAAUGGCAGAAAUGUUUUCCUCAGAACUGUGAUUUAAACACAGACAUUGAGUUCACAACAGUACUUUUAUUUCUUUUAUUUCAGUUUGAUUACAAGGGUCAGAAGUUCUGUCUUGCAACUUCAGUUUCUUGAUGUUUUUUCUCUGAUUGUAAGGUAUAAAUAUCAGAAUUGGGUUCAGAAUUUUGACUUGUUGUUAAAAUUGCUAAAUAAUAUUGUCCAAUUCUAACAAUUCUGAGGGAAAAAAGUCUAUUCAGAAUUUGGACCCAGGCUUAUUCUGGUUACUUACCCCUGUAUACAUUUCUUGAGAGCGCCAAAUAUGUCCCAGGAGCUACUUUUUCUUCCAGUUUUUGUUUUCGUGAAUCCACAAGAGGCUGCUGUGUACACUUUUUCAGAUCUCAAAUUACUCUCGCCAGUGCCAUUCGCGCCUGCUGUUGCCACCAGAAGCUGCUGUCGACUGACCGACUGAUCCAACUCACCACCCCCUUCCCUAAACCUAACCGAUAGUGUUUUCAAAAGACAUCAAGACAAAGACAAUUCACCUGAUUUUUACCACAUUCUCACACUGUUAUUUACUUGUUUGUUUUAUUUUUUGGCUUACCUGUUUUCUGGAACCGUUCUCAACUCCGUCGCCAUGAUCAACUCCGCUCUGCAUCUCCAGUUCACAGACUUACACGAUGAGCUACUGGAAGAGCUGGUAACAGUGGAAAAGCCAUCCAUUAGUGGUGGGCGAAGCGAGGCUUCACGAAACACUGAAACAGUCGAAGCGAAUGUGUCGAAACAUUUCGAAACCUGUCUCUACAGUGACACCUAGUGGUCAUUAUUUAUGUAUUGCUCUGGAACAGCUUCAGCAAACAAGCAGUUUAGCAAAUUGAGGUAUUAAACCCCAUGCUGUAGCAUUGAGGUUUCAAGUGACUUAGUGGAGCGGUGGGAAUUCCAGACUAGCAUGCGGCGAUAAUGGGUUUGAAUCCAGGGUGAUGCAGCUAGAGAUGUUAGUUUUAAAUGCUCUGUUCCUGUAAUGUGUUUUUUGUUUUAACAUUUGACCAUCAAAUGAACACUUUGGGAAUAAAUCUGUCUUGUUUUGGUCAUAAAAAGUAACAUUAUUAAAAUACAUCGUGUUCAGAAUAUUUGUAUAAGUCGAGAUUCAAACUCUGGCCAUUUGCAGCACAGUUACUGUGUGCACACGCGCAGCCCACUAGGCUGCAUGAGAUUUUCUAACCCUGUUAGUCAAAUGCAAAUUCGCCAGGUCUCGAAAUGUUUCUGAAAUCGACCGAUGCUUUGAAUUGCUUUAGUCAUGUGACCUGGUGUUUCGAAACACUUUAGUCAAGGGACCUGGGUGUUUCAAAAAACUUGUGCUUUGGCAUCUCGACAAUAUGUCGAAAUGUCAGUUUCACGUCAGCCAUCCCUCACGUCCAUACGGUGAUAAGCGGUCAGCUGGUAAUCGCGAAAAGAAACAAUGUCAUAUCGCCCCCUAGCGUUCAUUUUAAAGUUGAAAUACAGCCAAACGUACUUCUGGCUACAUAAUACAUGAUCUCCAGAAAUGUAUACAGGGGUAUGUUUUCAGAAUGAGCCUGUGGUGGAAUUUAGUCUUUUUUUUCCACCUCAACUUUUAUUUUAUUUUCUUGCAUUUGUAAGUUUAUUGGCUCUCACAUUUCAUACAAUUGAUUGUUUUGUACAAUCAUAACUCUGACAUUUAGCUCUAAAAUUGCGAGAUAUAAGUGAAGAUUUUGCAAUGCUGAAAAGUAAAGGUUUGUCCAAACUCUGACAUUUUUCUGAAAAGGUUUUGUUCUGCGAUUGCUUUAAGAAAUAUUUCACAUUUUUCACUUUUUUCAAAAUUAAAGUUUUAUUUCUGACAAAUUUUAAUUAAACACCCCCAACUCUGAUUUAUCUGACACAUUUAGGUUAUUGUAAAAUAUAACCUACACUGUGUGUGAAAGUCAGAAGUGUGAGAAUUGAAUUCAGAUUUUCGACUUUAUUGUUAGAAUUGCAAGAUAAUAUUAAGCCCAAAUCUAACUAAUUCUGAAGAAAAGUGUAUUCCAAAUGUUGGCUUUCUAUAUCUCACAAUAGUGACAUUUCUCCAAAUUGUGAGAUAUAUAAAUUUGGUAUAAGAAUGAAAUCUUUUUCCCCUCAAUUUUAUUUAAAUUUUAUGCAUUUGUGAGUAUAUCGACUGUCUCACAAUUGUACACUUUCAAUUAUAAAAAAAAAAACUCAUAACUCUGACAUUUCUCUCUAAAAUAGCGAGAUUAAACAACAUCUAAAUAGCAAGAUAUAAAUGUAGGUUUUGCAAUGCUGACUUUUAUUUUACAUUUUACAUUUGCAAAAAGGUUUGUCCUAAUUCUGACGUUUUAUUUGUGAAAAAUGUUAAUAUUUUUAUGUUUCGCAAUUGUUUAUAGGCUUUAAUUAAGAAAUAUUUCAACAUUUUCUCAAUUUUUUUCUUAGGAUUUUGAGUUAGAUGCCCACAUCUUGCAAUUGUCACCCUUAUUUUACAUGAUUGUAAUAUAUACCCCUGCACAUGUGAGUGGAAAGUCAGAAUUGUGACAGAGUUGCAUUUACCAUUAUAAUUAAUUCCAUUCUGUGGUGAAACCCAGCUUUAGUGAGUCUGAACCAUCUUCAUAUGUUAACUUACUCUCCAUGUUGUUGAUCAGGCUGGUUCUAUGUACAGUUAUUUGUAUAAUAAUUGAGUUUCUCUUUAUAAACAGACCCCAAAACUAGAGAACGCGACACUGUUUUAAUACAAGACUGACAAUAAGCAAAGCAAUAUGAUCUGUACAUACAAAUGACUAACAAAAAAAAAUCCUCAGCAUUUCAAAAUGUCUACCAAGGUGAAAAUUGUCAUUAUUUAAUGUGUUAAUAAUUAGACUGUGGUAUUAAAGGGCAUGUGUUUAUUUACAGUGUCUUCUUUUUUAUUUACUUGCAUAUUUGCUAUAAUAAAAAAGGCAUAAUAUUCACCUGA